AUGAUGAGACUAGCCAUCAUGCGUCUGACAACUGCAGUCGCGAUCUUGUCCUUCACGGGCGCGAGUCUGGCUCGUUUUGGACGACAGCAGCAGACCCUGAGCGAGAAUCGAUCCUCCGGAACGAGACGCUUCAUCGUGGAGCUCGCGAAAGACUCGGAUUUCAAGCAGCUCGAGACAGAGUUAUCCGCUUUCGCCGGUGCGACAGUGUACAAAAGUUUCCGCAGUCCUGUCUUUACCGGAGUCAGCGUCGAGUUGACGGGCAACGACGAGGAGGACCUGCGUUUUCUCCGCGGUGCGAGCAACGUUUGGCCAUCGCGCAGAGUCCAGAGGGCCAUGGUCGAGAAUGGCCAGGAGUUCAGUGGAGGUGUCUCGGGGAACAACUACAACAUUCACGGCAUCACUGGUGUUCAAAGGCUUCAUGAGAGAGGAAUUCUAGGCAAGGGUGUCAAAGUGGCUGUUGUUGAUGCUGGUGUUGACUAUACACAUCCCGCUCUUGGUGGUGGUUUCGGUGAGGGCUUCAAGGUCAUGGGCGGAUAUGAUCUCGUCGGCGACUCAGGUGAGAUCAGGAUGACCAGCACGUCUUCACACAGCAGUGGCGAUACAGAUGAAGAGACGCUGAUUGAGGCGUUCUUAAUGGCUCAUAAUGAUGGCGCCGACAUCAUCACCGCCUCGAUCGGAGGUCGUGGAGGGUUCUCGUCCAACGCCUGGGCCGAGAUUGCUUCCCGUCUCGUGGACCAAGGCGUUGUCGUGACGAUUUCCGCGGGCAACACGGGUGAAGGCGGUGCUUUCCUCGGGGAAAACGGUCAAGCCGGACGAAGCGUACUCUCAGUGGCGUCUACUGAGCCCUCAUACGUCCCUGGGAUGCCCUUUGAGGUGACAUUUGACUACGGAAACGGCGACGUCAACAAGUCGAGGUACGGAUUCUUCUAUGGUGGCCUCACACAUAACUUCCCCCUCAACUCGAGUCUUCCCAUAACCGCGCUGUCCUUUGACCCUCUCAACACCACAAUCGGAUGCCGCUUCUUGCCACCGGGGACGGUAAACUUGACUGGUGCUCUUGCUAUGGUUCCCCGUGGUGGCUGUAACGGUUUCAACAAACGAUAUGCCCUUCAGUCUGCCGGCGCCAAGUACAUGCUGCUGUUCAACGACAACGAAACUUUCCCGAUGCCCAACAGCUAUGACGUUUAUCGUACAGAGGGCAUCACGGAGCAUGCUGUUGGGGUCGAGAUCCUUGCCGCGCUCGCAAAAGGGGCUAGGGUUACGGCCCGGUUCUUCAACGAGUCCGGUUCGGGUCUGGUUAACUUGAAGAACCCCGCCGUUGUCAGCUCCUACUUCACUUCCAUGGGUGGACUGUACGAUCUCCAGAUCAAACCAGAUAUCGCAGCUCCAGGAAGCAACAUCUUUUCCACCAUCCCGCAGGGGAAAUAUGGCUUAAAGUCGGGCACGUCAAUGGCUACGCCGUACGUGGCAGGUAUAGCUGCACUCUUCAUCUCGAAGCACGGCGGCAGAAAGGUCCACGGCACCGGGUUCGGCAAGAUGCUCUCAGCCAGGAUCCUGUCCAGUGGCGAUUCGCUUCCGUGGAAUAAUGGGCUGAACAUGACAGACUAUGGGACGACGCGGGCCCCAAUCUUCCAACUAGGCAACGGCUUGGUCAACGCUACCAAGGUUCUGGACUACCGGACCGAGCUCUCGUACGCCAAGUUUGCGCUCAACGACACAACAAACUUCCGUGCUUUGCACUCUCUCAUGAUUACGAACAAUUGCACUGGUCCGAUUACGUACAGCUUUUGCGUCGAGACUGCAGGGACGUACGAGGUCCUCGAUGAUAGGGACAACAUCAAGAUGGGCCCCCAGUAUACGGGGUUGGUUCCAUUGGCUACGCCGUUGGUCCCGAACGUGACGUUUCCCAAGGAGUUUACCGUUGGUCCAGGAGAGACCAAAGAGGCAAAAUUCACAUUCGAACACCCCAAAGGCGGAAACCAUUCAGCCAUGCCCCUUUACAGCGGCAAGAUUCGCAUCCACGGCUCCAACGGGGAGCAGCUCUCGGUGCCUUACAUGGGCAUCGCCUCCGAUCUACGCAAGACCUUUAAGAAGAUGUUUGUGGACGAAUACCCGUAUAUCAACUCGGGAACGGAUGACACUCCUAUGGUAUACAAGACCAACUUCUCCUUUGACCUUUCCCUGGAAUCACAGGAUUUUCCGAAACUCUACAUGAACUUCCGAUGGGGUUGCUCUGUUCUACGCUGGGAUAUCUUUGAGCGCGGAUGGGAAGAGAAGAGCUGGGGGACGUAUCCGCCUGUUCCUGGAAAAGGUGGAUUUGUUGGACAUGCUGCGACCUGGGACAACGAAAGGCACGCUACCGUCUUUGACCCCGAUAACGACAACGAAUUCGACCUCAUCCGGGGUCCCAUGGGAGAGCUCUCGAGGGAAGACUACAACUAUGCACCCUGGAGGGCUUGGUGGCUUGGUAGGUUCUCUGACGGCUCGAAGAUCAAAACUGGAAACUACACUAUGCGAGUUGCUGCGCUGAGUCCGUUUGGAGACCCGACGAAGAGCGAUCACUGGGAUAUCUGGAGGCGAGACUUCAUGGUUGUUGGCAAUCAAACAUCGCCUGACAGUUCAGUCCCAGAUGUUGGUUUACAACACGGCUGA